GGCGGAUGGAAACUUGAGCGACUUACAGUGACUUUCCUCUAGACCUCUAAAUUCCCAGGCGGCAGCAGCUUCUGUCGAAAACCGGUGAAAGUCACCCGCAGAUAGACGUGGGAAGACAUUUGUGGAACUUUUCACGUUUCUCCGCCUUUUUUUCGAGCAGCCCGCUGACGGAGACACAGAGUUCCCGAGCCGUUAACCGUAUAGCGGUUAGCUCUCCCCAUUACUUCACACCGAGGAAGCUAACUGAGCUAACUGCUAUCAAACUUUCUCCGACGCUCUGCUCUUUUUUUCGGCUUCUUUCCGGGGAUCAUUGCCUUCAUUUGACCGGACCUCAGCGGCGACACCUUUUCAGCAAACUUUUAAAAAAUGGAGGCGGAAAGCAGCUAACGGUUCGGGAACAGAGAAGCUCCACUCUCCGCAAUUUUCACAACCUCUGCCGGGUUCGAGUCGACAGCUCCGGGGUCAGGAUGCCCGGAGAUUCCGCCGUGAACUUCAACCUUCUCCACCGGACCUGUCAGCUAGUGGUGCUGCUGGGCUUCCUCCACAUCUCCGUCACCGUCUUCUUUUACGUCCGCUCCUUGGACCUACGUUUCGCCUUCGCCCAGAAUCAGCAGUCCCUCCAUCACAAUGUGACAGCAACGUCCGGCCAGCUCACAACCAGCGCGUUCACUUCCCGAACCAAGCCGAAGGAGGAGCAGGGGGUCCGGGAGCCGCAGAAAGAGCUGGACAAGUGCCCCGAGACGUCUCCUCUGCUGGUGGGUCCUCUGCGGGUCGAAUUCAACAUCCCCGUGAGCCUGCAGCAGAUAAAGAAGGACAACCCCCAAGUGCAGCCAGGCGGACGCUUCCGGCCCACAGACUGCAAGGCGUUGCAGAAGGUCGCCAUCAUCAUCCCGUUCCGCAAACGCGACGAACACCUCAAGUACUGGCUGUACUACCUGCACCCCAUCCUGCAGAGGCAGCAGCUGGACUACGGAGUCUACGUCAUCAACCAGGAUGGAGAUGAGAUCUUCAACCGAGCGAAGCUGCUGAAUGUGGGCUAUACAGAGGCUCUGAAGGAAUACGACUAUGACUGCUUUGUGUUCAGCGACGUCGACCUCAUCCCUAUGGACGACCGCAACACCUACAGGUGUUUCAGCCAACCGCGACACCUGUCCGUGUCCAUGGACAAGUUUGGCUUCAGGUUACCUUACAAUCAGUAUUUUGGUGGUGUGUCGUCGAUGAGUAAAGAACAGUACUUGAAGAUCAAUGGUUUCCCCAACAACUACUGGGGCUGGGGAGGGGAGGACGACGAUAUCUACAACAGGUUGGCGUCUAAAGGCAUGUCAAUCUCCAGGGCCAGUGGAGAGGUGGGAAAGUGCCGGAUGAUCCGACAUGACAGAGACAAGCAGAACGAGCCGAACCCUCAGAGGUUCGACCGGAUUGCUCACACCCGAGAGACCAUGAACAAAGAUGGCAUCAACUCUCUGUCCUACAGGGUGGUGAGCGUGGACAAACUGGACCUGUUCACCAAGAUCACUGUGGACGUGGGGAAGCCCUGAAGGGCCCAGAGAGGCCAGGAUCCGGGAGCUGGACUGCUGCAGUGAAAACCACAUGGUGCCUCUGACACUUGAAGCUUUACAGUCUGGUUUUGGACCAGACCUGCUGGACACUUGUUUUGCACAAACAGACUGCACGGCCUUGAGGACUCGUCUCUGAUUGGUCAGGUCUAAUCAAUCAGCCGCCUGCAUCAGACGCUGCUGCAACAAGUUCUGAACAGACUUUUAUUUCUUAAAACAAUCAGAGCCGCCCUGCUGGGUCACAUGGUCUGAUGCACCAGUGGGGGUUCUGGAUAACACACAGGAUGGGUUCACAUCUAGUUCUGAUUCUGGUUCUGGUCCUUGGUCAAGUCUGUGUUCUCGUGAUGGUCUAGCUCCUGAUCCAGCUCCUAACCCUGGUUCAGGUCCUGGUUAUAGGUCCUGAGUUCUGCACUACGAAGCCAGUCCAUCAUAUCCAGGCUAUCUUUUCAUUAUCUGGUUUAAUUUAACCGAACAACAGUCAGGAUCAGCCUGAAGCAGGUUUACAGAUCAGCGAGUCACCAGGGGUUUCUGAACCUGGAUGUGGGGCGGAGUUAGUAACAAACGACCAAUCACAGACAUGGACACGUCUACCAGCAUCAGAGUGGCAAGCAAGGAACAAACUGUUAUAUUACAGAAACGCAAAGAUUUUAAACAUCGCUGCAGCAGCUAAGUUAACUUCUCAAUAUAUUACCAGAUUAUUAGGGCACAAGUCAACAUGACUACGGUUUUGGGACCGAGGAAAAAAUAAAAACAGGAACAUAAUUUGAAUGAACAAAUAGGCCUUUUGCAAAUCUUACAAGACCAACAUACGUAGAGUUUUAAUGGUUUAAUCAGUGUCUGAGGAUUAUACAGCUCUAACAAAUCUUGUUUGUUGCUGUCACUCACUGCACAUGGAGCUCUGCUGGAUCUGAGAUGCUGAUGUUCUGUAGGAGGAGCUUUUCUGUCUAAUCUGUUACCUGGAGCAUCAUCUGCUCCGAAGCAGGUCAGGAGUUCAGCGUCUAUUCCCAUGGAGAUGAACCUCGAUAAGAAGUCAACCUCUGUGGUCGCACAGAAAACCCAAUGUUGCCACGGUAACCUCAAAUCCUGCUUCGUAGUACAGCACUGUCUGGUCCUGGUUCUGGUUUUUGUUCUGUUUAUCGCUCAAGUACUGGUUCAAAGCAGUCAGUGUCUCAGUGACCAACAUGAUGUGAAGACCAAACUGAAUGUCAACAAACUGGAGCUCUGGACCACAGGACAACAAACAAACAAUAAACAAACAAGCGCAGUAAACAAACUAAAAAAACAGUAAGCCAACCAGCAGUAAACAGACAGUAAACAGAAAGUAAACAAGCAGUAAACAGUGUAAACAUGCAGCUGACCAGGUCAGAAUCAGAAGCAGCUGGGAUCCUCUGAACCUGUGAAUCGAUCGAUGGUUCUGUGAUUUUCAUCUUCAAACCAAAGUGUGACCGUUGUGUGUUCGUAGCUCAUCAAUACACACCAUUGGACUAUUGAUUAAACCUGACUGAUCGUCUCUAAUAGUCAAAGCCGUUCGAUUGCAGCAAAAAGACAAUAAUUUGAGCUUUUGAUAAAUCUUUUAUCAGGAUUAAUGUCCACUUGACUGAUUACUGAUCGCCGCUGUAAAUCAUCCUUGAUUGAUUGAUUGAUUGAUGGACUAUUUGAUUGAUUGACUGAUUGAUUAUUGUGUCUCUAAGUGUCCUUAUCUGAGCUGUUGGUACCAAAGACUUUAUUGAUCCUGUGAACGAGGUCACCUGACUGCUGGACGAGUUGAUUAUUGAUGACAGAUGUUGAAUGACAAAACAAGCUGUGUGUGUAUGUGUAUUAUCUCUCUGUGCAUGUCUGUGUUGUGUGUGUUGUGUGUGUUUUUUCUCUCUUGACUUUUUCAGGUAAAUCUCUGUGUUUUUGUUGACAGGUUUGUUUGUAUCUACAGACCAAAAAUCACCUUUAAAUGUGCCUUAAAGUGAACUUUCCAGUGUAACUGCUCUGAGUGGUUGAACUGGUGGACCAACCAUUGAGUGUAAAUGUGACAAAUAGAAGUAAAGAAAUGAGCUCA